AUGUCGUUGUGCGUGUUGAAUGAGCCGGCGCCAGACAUGAGGCUAACGGAUCUGGAGACGGGCGAGCAGAAGCAGCUUCUGGACUUGGUGGAGAGCUCGGGUAAAUACACGAUCUUGACGUUCUACGCCACUUGGAGCAAGGCAAGCGAGCGUGAGGUGGAGACGAUGGAGAUUUUCAGCAAAGAUCGCCACAACAAACUGCUCAACUUUGUGCUGGUGAAUCUUGAUCAGAAUAUUGGAGACACUUUCGCUUUUCUGGAUACGAUCGUGGAGCACAAGAUCGGAGAUGAAACGAUCAAAGGGCCGCGGGUGUGUCGAUACUAUGGCAAUGGAAAUGAACCAACAGUUCUGCAUUAUGGGGCGGCUGAGGUCCCUGAGCCGUACGGUCUACAGAGCGUCCCGCACACGGUUGUGAUCGAUCCGCAGGGCAUCGUCCUCCGUAACGGUGACAAUUUCCAUUGGGAUGACAUUGCUGCUCUAUUACGCCACCGCCAAGAAGAGACCGAUCCAACUUACUUUAAAAAGAUCAUGUCGUGGAUGCUACCUCCAAUUGCUACUUGAGUUCGAGCCUCAGUAUCCAGAAAAAUGAACUUGAAAACUCAGCACUGCAUGACCAUUUCACUUCGAAACACAUAAUAUG